AUGAAUUUCCUUCUUUUCCUCCUCCAGCUUCUCGCCAUCUCUCUCCCUUGCAUUCCAAUAACUGUUGCCGAACUGGUCUAUGACAUAGAAGGUAAGGAGCUAAGUAGCAAGGGAAACUACUACAUCCUCCCAGCCAAACAUUUGAGUGGUGGUGGCCUUACAACAAGCCCAAGUGGCUGGCUAUGUCUGCAUUUCGUGCUCCAGGAGCGCAACACCACUCUCCUUGGCACCCCCAUGCGGUUUACGCCAUUGCCGUGGAGAAGAUCAACUAAGGAGCCGAUCCGGCUCUCAAGCGAUAUAUGGAUCGAGUUCCAUGACCUUGAUAGUUUCUGCGCAACAAGGCUAGAUUGGCACCUCACCGAUCGUUUGCCUCAGACUUUGUCAGGACGUCGUCAGCUAUUAGGCGCUGGCAACGAGGACGGUGGAAGGUCGUUUGGCGUCUUCCGAAUCGACAAAAAUGGAGCGAACGUGACGGGAUACAAGCUAAUGGCGUGCGCCAAGAAAGAUUCGUGCAACGAUCUUGGCUUGUAUGCAUCUAAGGAUAAUACUUGGUUGGCUGUGAGCGAUGAGCCGCUCAUGGUGACCUCGUAUAUCGACGACAUGAAUUUCCUCCUUUUCCUCCUCCAGCUUCUCGCCAUCUCUCUCCCUUGCAUUCCAAGAAAUGUUGUCGAACUAGUCUAUGACACAAAAGGUAAGGAGCUAACUAGAAAGCACAACUACUAUAUUCUCCCGGCCAAAUGCCUAAGUGGCGGUGGCCUUACAACAAUUCCCGCUGGCGAACAAUGUCUCCAUUUCGUGCUCCGGGAGCGCAACAAUACAAACCUUGGCACACCCCUGCAUUUGACACCAUUACCAUGGAAAAUAUCAACUCAAGAGCCGAUCCGGUUGUCGAGCGACAUCUGGAUUGAGUUCCAUGACCUUGAUAGUUUCUGCGCAACAAUGCUAGAUUGGCACCUCUCCGAUCGUUCCCUGGAGACAUUAUCAGGAAGGCAUCAGCUAUUGGCCGCUAGCAAGGAAUGGGGUGAAAGGUCGUUCGGUGUGUUCCGAAUCGAGAAAUAUGGAGCGGACGUGAUGGGAUACAAGCUAAUGGUGUGCGCCAAGAAAGAGGCUUGCAAGGAUCUGGGUGUGUAUGCUUCCAAGGAUAAGACCUGGUUGCCUGUGAUUGACGAGUUGCUUAUGGUUGUGUUUGUGAGGAAGACAUCGUAUUAG